CUUUGACUCAUCAAAUUCUCUCAAUGUGUAAGCCUAAAUAUAGUCAUGUGUGAUCUUGUUUGAUUUGUCUUAACAUAUAGAUUAUUAAUAUAUAAUUUCUAUAAUUUUUUAAUAUACAAAUUACAAGAUAAAAUGGAUUAAAGAAGUGCAUUGGAUGAUGACCAAGUGGGCACGCGACAUGGCCGUGGGGCGUGGACUAGGGCCCCGUUUGGCAUCAGCGUCAGAGAUUAGUGUUAGCGUUUUGAAAAAGCUAUCCGACGAAGUGAAAUCCACAAAAUUCACCGUCGUUAACAACUGUCCGUACACAAUCUGGCCUGCUACUCUUACCGGAGGAGGUGGCAGUUCCCAAACCCCGACUGGGUUCGAAUUGGCACAUGGCGCAUCCAUGUCAUUCGACAUCCCCGCCCAAUGGACAGGCCGCUUUUGGGCAAGAACAGAGUGUAGCGCCCAGACAGGAAAGUUCUUAUGCACAACAGCCAACUGUGGCUCUGGCCAAAUAGCGUGCAAUGGUGCUGGAGCGACUCCUCCGGCGACUCUAGUAGAAUUCACGCUAGGGGGUUUCCAAGGCAAGGAUUUCUACGACGUUAGCUUGGUGGACGGAUUCAACCUCCCUGUCUCUGUGGUGCCGGACAACCCAAACUGUCGUCGGACGGAUUGCCCGGUGGACGUGAACGCGAAGUGCCCAGCAGAGCUGGCAUUGAGGGAUGGAAAUAGAGCAGUGGUGGGAUGCAAGAGUGCAUGUUUGGCACUAGGACAGCCCCAGUAUUGUUGCACGGGGGAUCAUGGGUCGUCGGGAACAUGUCCUCCCACACAAUAUUCCUUAUUUUUCAAAGGAUUGUGUCCCAAUGCGUAUAGUUAUGCUUAUGAUGACAAGACAAGUACUUUCACCUGCAACAGUGGUCAGACCAAUUACGUUAUCACCUUCUGCCCUUAGAAUAUAUAAGUCAUGUUGAGAUUUUAUUUAUUUGAGAUCUAGUGUAUUUUAAUUUUUUCAAUUUGUAGUGCCAUGUAUUGUUUCUCAUCACUAGACUUGUGAGAUUGCAAAAAUAAACUACUAUUUGUUUU